GUUUGUUCCGCCUCAUGCUCUGCUCACAGCUGAGUGCAGCCUCUGUGCGGACUGACUUCGCAGGGCGUGUUCACACCGUUUACUCAACACACAGACCACGACACACACACAUACACGCACACACACACACACACACCGCACUCUGGACUACUUUUUUCCAAACUUUUCACAGAUGCAACUGCCGGAAGCUGUCAAGUAAGGGAUGGAGGGGGAGCGGGUUGACUCUCUUGACCUGAGCCACCUGACAGAAGAGGAGCAGUCCGCCAUCCUGCAGGUCUUACAGCGUGACUUGGAGUUGCGUCAACGUGAUGAAGGACGUGUAAGGAUCCUCGAGCAGACAGAGACAGACGCAACGCGACUGCGCUCUCUGACGGGAGCAUGGUUCAGCGAGGAGCGUAGCAAACGCCAUCGCAGCUGCACGUCUGGCUGCGACCUCGUCCACGCCACCAUAUGCCACAGGAAGACAAAGGGCAAAGUAACAGAUGUGUCUCUGACUGGACUGUUCAAUGGAGAGACGAAGGAAACCUCUCACAACAACAACACAUCUCCUGAGGCAGAGAGGAGACUGAAGGAGAGCAAGGAUGAGGAGAGUGGAGGGAGUCAAGGAAGUUUGAAACCGACACCCGCAACAAAAAUUCCUGUCGCACAGAGUCUGCAGCAUAGAAGUGGUUCCUCCUCAUCCAAAGAGUACGAAAGGAGAAGUAAUGGCCACUCAGAGGAACCUGAGGAAGACUUUGACGGUCACAACGGGGACACUGACUCUCUGAGCAGCAGCCUGACAGAGCCAGCAUCUCUGAGAACCAGCAGCUCUGCCAGCAGCCUUCAUUCUAGCUACACGCUGAGUGGAAGCAUGAUGAGUCUAUUCAGCUCGGGGGAUUUCGGAGUGGUGGAGGUGAGGGGCCGCAUCCAGUUCUCAUUGGUCUAUGACACGCAGAAGGAGGAACUGCAAGUCAAAGUGCAUCGCUGCGAGGACAUCGCCAUAGCACGCAAGAACCGCUCGGACCCAUACGUUAAAACCUAUCUCUUGCCGGAUAAGUCGAGUCACAGCAAGAAGAAAACUGCAGUGAAGAAGAAGACACAAAACCCAGUCUAUGAUCAGACGCUCCGAUAUAAGGUGCGUAUCGGUGAGCUGCGGAGCCGGACCUUGAACCUGUCUGUGUGGCACGCUGAGCCCCUGGGGAGGAACGUGUUUCUGGGGGAGGUGGAGGUGGCUCUGGGCCUCUGGGACUGGACCUGCACACAGCCACUCUGGCAGGACCUGCAGCCACGGGUUCAUUUAAAUCCAGAGUCAAUUAGCAAUCGUGGGAUUGUCAUACUCUCUAUUAAGUUCAUCCCAGAGGGAUUCGAGGGUGGUGGUCUGCCUCUAACAGGAGAGCUCCACAUCUGGCUUCGGGAAGCUCAAGGUCUCCUAUCCAACAAAGGAGGCACUAUAGACUCAUUUGUUAGAAGCUACAUACUCCCAGAUGCCAGUCGGCAGAGUGGUCAGAAGACGCGGGUGGUGAAGCGCUCCAUCAGCCCCACCUACAACCACACCAUGGUGUACGAUGGCUUCCACACCAGCGACCUGAGAGAGGCCUGUGCUGAACUAACUGUCUGGCAACGCGAAGGGUUAAAGAUGCACGUAUUAGGAGGGGUUCGCCUUAGCUGUGGAACUGGUCUGAGUUACGGAGAGGCCGUCAGCUGGAUGGACUCCACAGAAGAGGAGGUUGCAGUGUGGACCUCCAUGAUUGAAAACCCAAACCACUGGAUCGACGCAACACUACCAAUCAGAACUAACCUCACACACCGAUCUCUCUAACGCACCUUGCACACACACACACACACACACACACACACACACACACACACACACACACACACACACACACACACACACACACACAUACAUUCAUACACUGUUCAAAUAAUGUAAUGGACUGAAAAGACACCCUCAGCACAUUUAACCUUUCUGUCACAAUGACACACAUACACCUUAUAUUUCUGUCUUUCCUACAUACAAACACAGGAGUCAGUAAGGGUGCAAUAUUGUGAAUUAAUGGUGUAGAUUAUAAAUCUAGUAUUUAGUUUUGAAACCAAAUUUGUCUGCAUAUCAAAUGUUUUAUUGUAUGUAUUGGUUUAGUUGUUGUCUUAUCUUACAGAAGUGAUUUCAUGAUAGUUUAUUAAUUAAAUAUCAAACCUGAACUAAUGAAUACUUUAGUGUUCUUCAUUGCUUACUGAGUUAAGUUAUUAUGUUACAUCCUUUACAAUCACCUGAUUAUUUCAGUCACAACCUUCUGAAAUACUUUCGAGCAUGCUGGAAAAACAGGCCUAACCACACUCACCCUGAAAGAACAUCUAUUCUAAUUAUUCAACCAACUGUGAGAGAGAGAGAUAAUGGAGAGAUUUUUGUGUGUCAUUACUGCACUUGGAUAGGAUAGAAAUGGCCUGCAGAUGUAUAUGUUUAAUAUUCCUUUUGAUGUAUUAGAAGACUACCAUCUUGUGGUCAUACAGUGUACCUAUUCUGUGUACUUUUCAUGCAAAUUGCAGAAAGGACAAUGAGGAAUAAGGUCGAGAGCAUCAGAAGAGAAGACAAUGUAAUGUAGUCUGUCCUCACUUAAACUGAUUUACGUCAUGUAUUAAUCUUCACAUGCAUCAUUAAUAAACAGGGGAGCAAAGCUUUUAUGAGGGUCAGAGCUCCUGUCCAGCAGAUGGCGAUCUUUAAAAAAAUAGCCUCAAAACAAAAAUAAAACAGGAAGUAGAGCUUUGAGCUCCAAAAU